AUGUUAAUAAAAAGGUCCUAUUUAUGGCAGCAUCGUGGGGUCUCAGUUGCUUCUGGCUGGAGGAGUGGGCAGCCUCGGGGCUUGGAGGGCCCAGGCAUGGCCAUGUGGGGUCUCUCCAGUUCACUGAGGUCUCAGGUGUGGGGCGAGGAGGGUGCAGGUGGAGGCCACAGCACCUACUCCAAGGAGAAAGAUAGUCAGGUGCAGAGCGAGGCGACCAGAGGCCCGGGAGCAUGUGGGGAGGGCGUUUGGGGGCACCAGGACAGGCGCUGGAGUAGGAGUGGAGUUGACAUCUCGAGUCCAUCAGCAACUGGUACAGGAGCUGUGGGGCAGGGGCUGGGGACCUUGGCUAAGGUGUGGGGCACCCACUGGCAAGCGCGUUGGGAAGAAGAGGAGACCAGGCAGGUGUUGGGGGCAUGGGGCUGGGCCCACUUUGAGCCUCAGGAAACAGCACCGUCACUGCCAUUCCUGGACCUCAAGGGGGGCUUCCUGACCUGGACGUGUGGGUGCAGGGACACAGGGGCCUCUGGGGAGGGGCUGUCAGCUGACCAGCAGCGGGAGUGGCUUUUCCCAGACGAGAGGGUGGGAAAGAGCACCCAGCAGAGGAAAAGCGACACAGCCGGAGGAUGCUGCAUGGGAGGAAGGACGGGCUGCACCGCCGGAGAGGACCCCAGGAGGUGUCUCGGUGCACACAGUCACCCGGGAGGUGGGGAUGCUGAGGCAUGGAAGGGUCUGCAGCCCAUAUCAGCAGAGCUGGGGUCACCGGCACGGGCAGCUCUGUUGCCUCGCCCUACAUUGAUGACUCCCCCUCAUCUCUCAGGGAGACACAGGGACCCUGGACUGUCCUGGAGUGCAGGUGGGAAGGGAGGGUCCCUGCGGCACUCCCUUGGGCAGCCGGUGCCCUCAGCUAAGUCCCUUCCCCUCUCUGAGCCUCAUUAAAAGCCCCAGGUGAGGGGAGUCAGGCACAUCUCACUGAGCCCCACAGUGGGGUCCUGGCUGCCCUCUGCUGAACGUCUCCUCUGCCACAAGGCUCUUCCCUACUUCUUGGGCCUUGACCCUUGGGGCCUUCAUGCAGGGCUCCCUCCCGAGGGAGGGGCACCCUCUGGGCUGCCCUGCCCUGUCCCUUUCCCCAUCCUCCGGGAGUACCUGGAGC